AUGGUAUGGCCGACGGUGUUCAUCAUCGGGAGUCCGAAGGCAGGAACUACGUCUCUUGCAGCCAUGCUCUUCCAUCAUCCGAAGUUCUGUGCCCCCAAACAUGCCGUCGGCAACAAGAUCCCCCGAUCAUUGCAUGGGAAGUGUCGAUUCAUCGUCGUCUGCGAGAACCUGUCUCUCGGCAUCUCGCCUGGUUCAAUCACCUUGGGCAGGCGAAUGGGUUUUCGGAGUACAAGAAAGGAUAAAGCUCUUGAAUGCUACCGCGAAGUGGUGAGAGAAGAUUUGAGACUCCAUGCAUCGUCGUACAACCUCCAAGGUGGAAUUUACGUGCAGCAGCUGCAAGCGUGGUUGAAGAGUUUUGACAGAAAUCAGACUUUCGUCGUAAACUUCGAUAGUCUCAUGAGUGACUCCAAAGCUACGCUUGCAGGAUUGGGCAAAUUUCUAGGAGCCGACAAUACAGAGUGGAGAAAGCUUAAUUUGCCACAUCUCAAUGCUCAGCAUCAUCUAUCCAAGGCAAGGAGGCAGUCAUGA